UUUAGUAUUUCGGGAAUGAUAGAUUCCGCAUUGAGCACCUCGACCCGGGAACUUUAAUCCUAAAUCUACUAGCACCAUAAAAAAGAAUAAUCUUUAAAUGACUUUUAAUGAUUGAUGAUUGAUUAAUGACAAAGAAUGGAUCACAAAAGGAAUGAUAAAUGUCUUGCUUUUCAUACCUUUAACAUCAAAUAAACCACCUCAUCCGGCUAGCACCAUACUUUUACCAAUCGUGUCAUGUUUCAAAAGCGGCGCCGCAUUUCAUCUACCGAUCAAUACGAUACGCUGUGUUAAGUUGUGAUGUGUUUUGUAAAUUGAAAGGUCUUUAAUUUGUUACUCAACUUGUGUUUCCCUUUUUGUUGUUGUUCCGACUUUUUUGAUCCUAUCCUUUUCCUUCUGUUGUGUUUUGUUUAUUUUUGAUCCUAUCCUUUCCUUGAUGGAUGAUGUGAUGUUUGUUGAUGAGCUAUUGGAUGUUAUCUUCUGUUGCAGUAUAUGUUAGAUGUCGUCCGUUUGAAUUCUAUGACCGUGACUUGUCAGUUGUGAUUUUUGAUAAUGAUACACAGAGAUAUCUUUCAUCUCAGCUGACCAUAUGUUGUCUCUACUUCAACUUGACUCAUCGUGGAUCUCAAUGACGAUGUCCAUCAUUCGUGUCUUUCUACUGACCUUUUAUUCACUUCAAUGAACCGCGUUUUCUUUGUCCCUUUUAGCCCUGUUUUGGUUGACAUCUGAAAACAUUUCAAGAGUUAAAAGGUGAACAAUACUGAGCGAGUUGAAAGCGAUGCCAAAUUGUUAUUGUUGUUCUGGUCCGUCGGUGCUAAACAGCUUAGAUCAAGUCAAGUCGAUAGAUCUGUUCUAUUUGUCACUUCGGGGAGGGGGAUUAAAAUUAUUUAUCCUAUUUUGUAUAUUAUAAGACUCAAUGCCUAAAGAGCCAUAGGGUCUCUCUUCAUAAACUCAAAUCGCCUUAUCUGUCGCCUUAUCAAAUUUCUCACAAAUAACCGAGAAAAACGUCAAUAUCUUUCUGAAAUUUGAAACUUUCAAAACAUCUUUUUCCAGCAUAUUGGUAAGAAAAAUUGAUAGAAUAAAUUUGAUCCCAUUGAAUUGAUUUUGUAUUUGAUGAUUAUAUGAUUCAAAUAAUUUUCGAGCUUGACAUUAUAUUGACCUUAAUUUCGGCCCGUCCGGCCCAUUUGUAAUUGAUUAUCAUGUUUCUUGGUUUGGAGUAAUUACCAAGGGUUCUUAUAACAAUCAAUUGCUCUGAGCGACAGUCUAAAGCAAUAGCGAAGCUUCUCUAAUUGGUCAAUUGGGUUUAUCCAAUCUAAGACAGGUUACAAUUUUGAUGGUUCUGUGCUAACUCCAAAUUACAACUUACGAAAUGGUUAACCUAUUGCUUGUUACUUAAUCAAGACGGUCCAAGCUGAGACAAAAACGAUUAUCUAAUUAUUCCAACUAAUAAUUGUACAAACAGGGGCUUAAUUUGUCCGAAAAAGUCAUUAAAUUACGUGUUAAUUGGUAAGUCUAUACCAAGUUCCUAUAAAGACUAAAACCUGAAACUGGCCCAAUCGAAAAAAUACUCUUCCAAAAUCAAGAACCAUAAAAUUUACUCAUAUUCGAUUUCGAUCGCGCGUUUGGAGAUUAGAUUACAAACAACACUUCUAGUUAUCACUACUAUUAUUUUUCCGAUUUUUUUUAUCUCUGCAUUUCGACCGUAACAAAUUUUUCAUCUGGUGUCGCAACAAUUUUAAAUCCAUCCAAUAGAAUUAAUCGCUCAAAAAUCCUUCAGAUGUAUCCUUUGAACAAAAAUAUCUUUAAUGUGCCGCUAUAAAAAGAAAAAUAUUUUCACCUCCAGCAUUUCACUAUUUAUUUGCUGAAGUAUCCUUUAAAAUUGAGCAAUUCCACUAUUUAUCAAUUCUUGUGCAAUUACAACUGAAUUUUGUUCAGGAAAAUUAACAUUUUAUAGUCACUUAAAAUUUUUCAGUAUAAGAUUUUUAGAAGUUGAUUUUGAAAAAAUGCAAGCUGAUAGUUGUGUUGUUCCUGCUUAUUACAACCCAGUUACUGUUUAUACCAAACUACCCAGAAAUUUUUCACCAACCGGGUCCUAUUUAGCCCUAAAUCAGGGAUCAAGUUCUUCGAUCCCCCCUAACUCAUUAAAUACCUGCAGCAGAUCCUACUCGUACAGAAACACAAACGAUUUUAACCCCUUGAGAAUUGGCUGUAAUUACAGAAAUCAAACAAGUCUGGUUCCAUUAGAUGGUGUUAAAAACAAUUUCAGCAGCGAAAGAGACAAUUUAUCCUCUGAAAAUAGUAUCCCUAUAAACUCAGGAGCAGAAAGUUUGAAUAAAUCUUCUUUACCAAACUACCAUUCGCCAUCAACUUUGUCAUCAAUUUCAACCUAUCUGGAGGUUUCACCUGUUAAAUUGGAGACUACAGUUACAGAAAACGAGGACAGAUUGCGUAAUCAUGACAACCAUGCCGAACAGUACAGUUGUUUUUCGUCGCCAAGAUCCCAAAAUGGGUUUGAGUCGAGAAGAGAUUCCAAUCAGUCAGAAAUUUACGCAGCAAUUUUGAACCGGAACUUUUCGGCUGAAAAUAAUGACGACCAAUAUCAUCAGAAGCAGAAAACGAGUAGCAAUGGUGCCCUGUCAAAUUAUAGCAGCAAUAGAAGCUACACCGUCUAUGAUUCGUUUUUGAACUUCACAACUGAACUUUUGGACUCAGUAGACAUCAACUCGACCAGUACUUCCAGCUCAGAUGGCGGACAAUCAGAAGGAAAAAUAACCAAAUCCAAGCAACCCCACCCAAAUAGUCAGUCUAACAACAUGUGCAAUGUAUCCCAACCUCACAACAACAACAACAACAACAACAACAACAACAACAACAACAACAUCAGCAAUAAAAACAACAACAGUGGUAUGGGAAUAUCGUUCACUAGUCUCAAGAAGCUCUCCAAUACUUCUGCAGCAUCUUGUCUGGGAAUAGACCACAUCAGGGAAGACCCGGAAUCAAUCAUCGAUAACCACGUGUCCAGGGUGUUUUGCGAUUCGACUCAGAGUCGAGUGAAUACGCAGCCAAAGACAGCUGACCGGUUCCCAGCCGUCACCUUCCAACAUCAGUACUACCAAACUCCAAUGAACAGCCAACAGACAUAUCACCAACGCAAUUUGUCCAGCUGUAGCCAAGGUCUAGGAGAUGUUGGUCUCUCAUAUCAAAACAUCUGGCAAGUUCCCAACAUCAUUAAUUCAGGCUUAAGAACUGGAGAAGGACACAGAGGAAAUCCGCAAAGCCAAAAGUACAGGAUCUCCCCAGUGAACACAAGAUCUGGAGGGGCUCCACACAAGCAAAUAGUGGCGGAUAACUUAAGCAGCAAAUCAGCAAGCUCUGGGAUCGAUUCCGGGGUGUAUGAUGCCCAGAGUGUAGGCUCGUCCGACAGCUACGGUGGAAAGCAAGCAAUGGUGACUCACUGGGUUGAAACACACAGACAAAUUAGACCAGAAUUGAACACAACGACCCCGAUACUCGCAUCCAACAAGCUCAAUUUAGCCAAUGGACCGCUACCAGGAGGUUGUCCGGGACCUAUUUCAGCAACCAGAACAUCGGCAGAAUCCCAGAAUCACUACAUGAUUCCCUUGAAGUCUCCGAGUCCCCUAAGUUCCAUGCAACUGGCGAUGUCGGCUGUGGGACCGCAUCAGCAAUAUCAAAUGAGCCCAAACAACGCUUUUAUAUACAGUAGCUCCACAAAUGUGGUUCCGCCUAGAGUCUCAUACCAACUAUCAGACCCCUACACAUCUGGAAACAUCACCAACACACAUGCCCCCAAGAUCACAAAUAACACAUCAUUGAUCACAACAACGUCAACCCAAGGAAGAAUCACGUCAUCUUCUACCCAGUCACCAGUCUUCAACUUUUCCAUCGGUUCACAGAACGCUCAAUUGAACAAUACCCAGCAAUUCCCAGGCACAUUCCAAAUGGCAGGACGUAGCGGUUCGAAUCCGCGUCUGAAUGGAUCAUCAUCGAAUGCGUCUUCGGACAGUGAGCAGACAGUAGUGGCUUACUACUUCUGCAACGAGACAAUACCCUACAGGACUAUUGUACCUUUCAAAAAUGUGACACUUGGACAGUUUAAAGCCCUAUUGACAAGGAAAGGAAAGUUCAGGUAUUUCUUCAAGAUGCGUAGCAAUGAUAUUGAACUUGGGGGAGUUGUUCAGCAGGAGAUCACGGAAGACGAAAGCCUGUUGCCCCUGUUCGACGGAAAGAUCAUCGGAAAAAUCGAAAAACAAUAGAACUUGGAGCCUUUUUGUCGCUAUUAUACAACAUUUCGUCUAAUUAUUACCGCGAAAACUGAAGGAGAUCAAACAAAUAAAAACCGAUUGUUCCGACAACUGUCCGAGUUACUUAAAACUCUUUAGACAGAUAAUAAAAAAGAAAGCAGUAAAGACGAUGUAAUGGCAACAUUAUUGGCAAAACUGAGACACUUAAAUCAAAAUUAGCCCAUAGAAACUGUCUAUGGACCAGCGCUCAAGCUCAAGAUUGGCUGCAAAAAGCAUUAAGCUUGUCUCGCUUCAGAACGUUUAGAUUAUAGUACGUGAUCGAAUUUUUUGAUUUAAAUAAUACAA